AAAGCGCGACGCGAGGGGAGCGUCGCGAAAGGCCGGCGAAGGGCGGCGGCGGCUCCGCGGGGCCCGGGUCGUGACCGCGCGUGUCGGGGCCGGGGCAGCGGCAGCGGCAGCCAUGCCCUUCUGGGAGCUGCAGCGGCAGCUGGGCAUCGAUGUGGACCGCUGGCUGCUGCGGCAGAGCAUGCCGCAGCCGCACGGCAGGGCCGCGGCCUGUCACGCCUUCGAGCGGGAGUGGGUGGAGUGCGGGCACGGCCUGGGCCAGACCCGCGCCCGCCGCGAGUGCCAGCCCGAGUACGAGGACUUCAUGGAGUGCAUGCACCGCACCAAGCUGGCUGCUCGGCUGAGAACCAUCCUGGAGCAGAGGGACAAGAUGAUCAAGGAAGGGAAGUACACACCACCCGACUACCACAAGGGCAAGGAGGAGCCACGGCCUUGAUCCCCUGGGGAUGUGGAUCAGGAACCCCCCUGGGAGGAAAACCCACGGCACAACGGGGUGACCCUGGUGGGGAGGGGCCUGCGUGGAGACCCUGCCCCUGCUGAAGGGGAGUGACACCACAUCAGGCACCACUUGGGGUAGUAAAUGGCUCCUUCAGAGCA